AUGUUGCAAGUUUACAAGCGUGAUACAGCAAGAUACAUGGAAAAGACACCUUCUACUAGCCACAUUUUAUACCAGUAUUCCCAGUGUGACUUCAGCGCAACUGAUGCUAAUGAGCUUAAGAAACAUAUUUUGAAACACAAAAUUUUAGGUGGUGUCCGAAAAAGGCCUCAAGCGGAGAAGUUGGGGAGGCGACCCAAGAGGAAGGAAAAAUCUCAAUGCUCGCAAGUUGCACAAGUGUUCAUAUUGAAGUCCAACCUCAACAGCCACUUGUUAACCCAUCAUCCUGAACUACAGUCUCAUCACAUUGACAUUCAGACUCAUCAUCCAGAUGAUCAGGCACUCCUUUCAGAUGAUCAGAGCCAUCAUUCAGAUGUAUUCCCUCUCCUCUCAAGACAGUAUUCCAUGUUGCUGGUGGUUGGGAAAUAUAUGUUAUGUCACCCUACAUUGCUAACAUGUAUGAGUGUGGAGGAAAAGGCAAAGGUGGAGUUGGAUAGUGACGGUGAGAGGACAAGGUGGGGAGGAGACGCAGUAAGAACGAAGAAAAACACAGGGAAGAUGCAUAGAUGUUCAUACUGCAACUACGUCACUAAUAAGACCACAAAUCUGAUAAGGCAUAUCCACACUCACACUGGAGAGAAACCCUUUUCUUGUCCAUACUGUCCUUACCGAGCAACUCAGGAAAACAACAUUAAGUCCCACAUCCGCACGCACACAGGAGAAAAGCCUUAUAAGUGUCCACACUGUCCAUAUUGUUCAUCACAGAAGUCUUCCUUGAGGAAUCAUAUCCUUACUCAUCAAAAUUACAUUACUCAACGUUGCCAAUCACCACUUUUAACACAUUGUAUGCUGAUGGUCAUGUCUGUUUGUAUGGACUGUAUGCAGUUGUGUAAUUAUGACUUCUCAGGAAACUCUGAUUUCAGUACUUUAGGUCCAGCUGUACCUGUGCUCCCGGGUUGUGGUCCCCAUAUAGCAGGAGAGGGAGGACCCUGUGUGGGGAUACAGGAUGGCAACCUCAGACUACCCCAGAAUUCCUAUGGUUCUCAUGCCAAAGGCACGCAGCCCUUUCUGGUGCAGGUUCAUCCGGGAGACAAGCCUUUUGACUGUCCACAUUGUUCCUACAGUUCUGCCACUAGGGACUACUUGAAGAUUCAUAUACGCACACACACAGGAGAGAAGCCUUUCCCAUGCCCUCACUGCAGUUUCAGAGCUGCCCAGAAAAAUAACCUGAAUAGGCAUCUGCGCAUUCAUACAGGAGAAAAACCCUAUGCUUGCAAUAUCUGUCCAUAUAGGUCGUCCCAGAAAAAUAAUUUGAAGAGUCAUUUACUAACACAUAGAUCUCAGAGUGAUGUGGAAAAUAUUAUGUGAAAAGUUGAAGUUUGGGUGCAUACAUGUGUUACUUCAAAAGUCUUACUGAAUGAUAAAAGGAUCUCAUUUUAUGUCAAAACAUUAAUUAAUGCAGAUGUUAAAAUUGAAAAUUUAUUUGUAUUUUUAUUUCAUUGUUGUAAAAUAUUAUAAUAUUUUGUAACAAAUUUAAUACUUUGAAAAGGAAAACAAUGUUAUUUAACUUAAGUUAAAUUACUGAUCACACUAAACCAUAUAAGUAUUAGAUUUAUAUUUUUAACCAUUUUCUUUUUGUUUCCCUUUAUGUUAUAUAUUUUGAAUAAAAAAAAAGUUUCUUUUAUCAAAAUGUUACAGUCAUGAUUUUGGGGGAUGGAGGUUGUUUUUGCAUUGACUGAUGUAACUUCGGAAAAUAGAGAUGAAAGAAUAUAGGCCAAUAUUUUUAUCAUUAUAUAUGCAACUUAAUAGAAAAAUUAUGUUCCAUAUGUUUGAAAUUCAAAAGACUAUUUGAUGACAUUUACCCUGAAAAAUUAAAUCUGUGUAACUAAAUUAAGC